AUGGUGCAACGAUCAGACAGCCUUAACGGAAGUGACCUUCUGAGCUCAUCAUCAACGUCUGCAUUUGGAUUCAAAACCCCUCGAUCGCCGUCUCGAUCAACUCGUAAUCUUGAACUUCCCAAAGUUAAUGAAGUCCAAGCAUUACCAACCACAUCUUCACCUAGAAGAGGUAGGGGAAACAAUGUUGGGAGAUCGAUAUUCAGUGAUAGAUAUAUCCCCAAUAGAACCGGAGUAGAUCUCCAAGCUGCAUUUAGCUUAAAUAAUGAAGAAAUAUUACCUGAUUUACGAAAUCGUGGGAAUUCGGAUAAUGAAAUUGAAAUUCGAAAAGAAGAAGAAGCAAAUCGAACGUUUUCAACUGUUUUGAAAGCUGAAUUAUUUGGGGAUAAUGUACCUAUGGCAACUGCAAAUUUAUCCAAAAGUUCAAUAAAUAAUACUAAUAAUCGAAAUGUGAAAUCUGUUUCCACCCCAAGGCAAAGUAAUCCUACAUCAACAGGAACCGGUGCUGGAGGUGCAACAAUCAGCCGAGAUUCAAAUAGUCUCAAUAAUUUAGGGGCUUCUCCUAGAUCAUCAGCCAAUUCAACUCCAUAUAAUAAUCAUACUUUAUCAUCUAGUGCAUUACUCAACCAUCAUUCAACUCCCAAUUUAAACGAAAGUGAAGAUACCAAUACCAAUAAUAACAAUAAUAAUAUCACAUCCACUCCCAGGCGAAAAGCCAAUCUAUUCACCUAUCAAUCUCCUCAAAAAUCACGACCUCCCAUUUCACGAGAUUUACAACAAGAAUUAUAUUCUCUUUCUCCAGUACGACAGGAAUCACAAAAACUAUUAUUAUCCCCGCAGAAGAAACCAAGAACAAUCGCAAAAGUACCAUAUCGAGUUCUCGAUGCUCCUGAAUUAUCUGACGAUUUCUAUCUUAAUCUAGUUGAUUGGGGACUGCAGGAUGUAUUGGCAGUUGGAUUGGGAGAUUCGGUAUAUUUAUGGGAUGGAGCAACACAAUCAGUUGAUCGACUUUGUAAUUUAACUAAUAAAGAUAAAGUCACAAGUUUGAAUUGGAUUGGGGCUGGGACUCAUUUAGCCAUUGGGACUUCGAAAGGGUUGGUUGAGAUUUGGGAUGCAACUAAAAUCAAAUGUGUAAGAACAAUGUCGGGACAUAGUUUACGAGUGAGUGCAUUGGCAUGGAAUGAACAUAUCUUAUCUAGUGGAUCACGAGAUCGAACGAUUUUGAAUCGUGAUGUAAGAAUUGAAGAUCAUUUUGUUAAUAAAUUUGAAACUCAUAAACAAGAAGUUUGUGGAUUGAAAUGGAAUGUUGAUGAGAAUAAAUUGGCAAGUGGUGGGAAUGAUAAUAAUUUAUUUAUAUGGGAUGGAUUAAAUACAACUCCUUUACAUCAUUUUAGUGAUCAUACAGCAGCAGUGAAAGCCAUUGCAUGGUCACCACAUCAAAGAGGGAUAUUGGCGUCAGGUGGAGGAACUGCUGAUAAGACAAUUAAGACGUGGAAUACCUUAACUGGGAAUAUGUUACAAGAUGUAAAUACUGGCUCCCAAGUUUGUAAUUUAAUUUGGUCCAGAAAUUCCAAUGAAUUAGUGUCAACUCAUGGAUAUUCAAGAAAUCAAAUAAUAGUUUGGAAAUAUCCUUCAAUGCAACAAAUUGCCCAAUUAACGGGUCAUACUUAUAGAGUGUUGUAUUUAUCACUUUCACCUGAUGGAGAGACAAUUGUUACGGGUGCUGGAGAUGAGACUUUGAGGUUUUGGAACGUGUUUGAGAAGAAUAGACAUAAUGAAACUCCGUCUUCCGUGUUGUUGGGUGCAUUUCUGCAAUUACGUUAG